AUGUCCAAGACACGAAAGAGUGAACGCCGCCAUCGCGCCGCCGAGUCGUUGGGAGACCAUUUUGAAGGCGAGCAAUCUGCAGAAGUCGAUUGUGGUUACGAAGACGAAGAUGUAGCUGAGAGUUGGAGUUCACACGACAUUUCCGCUGGUGCUGUCAAGCCAUCAGGUAGUCGAAGUCGACGUUCGUCGACGGGAGGCGGAAGUAAGGGUAGCAGUGGCACCAGUAGUAGUCGACGACGGGAUUCCGCUCGCAAGUCAGCCACCACAGCGGAAGGCCGCAGUAAGAGUCCUAGUGGCAACAGUACCAAGAGUGAUCGAUCAAGCCGCAACGGCAGCAAAAGGGAUAUCCAGUCGUCUCCUCGCCGGACUUCUGCGACUGCCGAUGCUCUAAAGAGUCCCUACAAGGCUCUCUCCAAAUUGACGAUCGAUGAUGGAAGUGCGGCUGUCACUCCUCGUCGUUCCAAGAAAGGAACUAGUGCUGGCAGUGGAAUCCCAAGAGCACCCGUGGCCAGUCCAGGAGGAAGCAGUCGAAAGUCAAGCAGCAGUCGUGAUCGAGUAGCAGGAGAAGGGAGUAGUAGUAGUAUUGGGUCUUCCAGACGAACGUCAGAGGCCGCGGGGGGCGGUGAAAAUAAACUACAGCGAAUACUGGAGCUCGGAAAUCAAUGGAAAAACAUGAAGCAACAGCACGAAAUGGCCGCACAACAGGCUACCUCACGAAGGGUCGACCUGACAAAGGAAAUAUUUUGA